UUUCAAUGAGCGAGGUUCAGAACACGCAAUUCCAGAUCAUCCCAUCACUGAUGGGGAACCUGAGGAGUGGUGGACGGAGGAACGGCUCCUACUUCGUGAUGUCGUAUCGAAAUUCGCCAGCGUACCCCUGAGAGUAUUCUGGCGAAAACCGAUCUAGUAUCCAUCGGAAUUGAUUCAAUUUCUGCUAUCCAAAUCUCUUCCGCCGCAAAGAGGGUUGGGCUUGGAAUAUCUUCAUCUGACGUCGCAUCGAGUACCGCAUUCGGUGACCUUAGUUUCCGCCUAAAGUCUCAUCCUGGUACAUUCGACACCCACGGGCGUGAGCCUCGUCAAUCGUGUGAUCUUCGUCCUCUUGUGGAUCCUGACAUUUAUCAGAAAGCUGAUAGCAUCUUGCCAGCUUCUGCGGGUAUGGAGUGGCUAAUAGCUAGCUGGCAGCGGAGUGAAGGAAGGCUUUUCCAUCAUGCCUUUGUCUUCGAAUUUGAGGGGAAGAUGAACCCCGGCAAAGUGCGAUCCGCAUGGAAUACUCUUGCCCAGCAUCAUCACAUUCUUCGCUCCACUUUCGUUCCCUCCCAUGUCAAAGGAUCUACUUCCUACUACCCCGUCAUUGUUUCAUACAAGCACCAGGAUCCUGAAUGGCUUGAGCAAUCACUAGAGGCAAAUGCGGCUGAUGAAUUAUCCGCGCUUAAGCAGCUAUUAUCGAAUGCGAUGAUUUCAUUGCCUUCUAUCGCGAAAGUCCCUACCCGCCUAACAUACGUACAUGGAACCCUCCAAGAUUAUUUUAUUAUCAACUUGCAUCAUUUCGCAUAUGAUGCCUGGAGUCUGCGCCUGAUUAUGAAUGACUUCCGAAUGAUAUUAAAUGAUCAAUCCCCACAGUUUGGCAACAACUUAUCUGGUUUCCUCUUUCGUUCCGAACAGUCUGAAACUCGCUCGGAGAUACAGCGAAGGUAUUGGCAGGGCUUGUUCCGAAAUAGGGUUAGCGGGAAAUUGUUUCCACACCUCAAUCGACCUUCAUGCGACGAAUCAUCAAAUGACAAUGGUCAAAUCAUGCUACGCUGCUUCGUUUUCGAAGAUGUAAUACACUCCCUUGAAUCGAAGGAGCGUCGGGCGCAAGAACUGGGGCUACCUUUGCAUCUGCUAUUGCUCGCAAGUUGGGGUAUAGUUCAGCAACGUUAUUCCACGUCCCGAAACGCCGAAACGGCAGAUGGGGACGUUGUAUUUGGUCUGUGGCACUCUGGAAGAUUAGAGGAGUCGGAACCCCCUUCAGGAUUGGACAUACCUAAUCUCGCAGUCCCAACUGUCAAUAUCCUUCCGGUUAGAGUAGAAUACCACAAGGACUCGGAGAAUUUGGUGGCGGCAGCUGCCAAGAACCUUCGGUUGCAGCUUCAGCAACGAUCUUCCGUUAUCGAGCAGAGCCGCUGGGUCGAUGUUGUCAGGUGGAUCGCAGAGACCCAGGAUGCAUCUCAUCCACGAUUGUGCAACGUCUUUGUCAACCUAUUGAAACCCCCACAUCGGCUCGAGCAUCCAUUAUCGUAUAGUUUUCCAUCCAGUGGUUCUUAUGUCUCCUUCAAAGCUAUCAAGUUCCCGUACUCGCCCUCAUCGAGGGUGAAGAUUGAAUCAUCUCUGCUCCGUCCACGAUAUGACAUCACGGAAGUUGUCCAGCCCGACCUUUUAGUUGACAUUUUCCUCAAUCCGGCCAACGACACUAUUGGGAUAUCGUUCGAAUGCGAGCACACCCUGGUUGGCGAAGACCACGCUAAAGAUUUUGUUGCAGAUUGGGCUACAAUGCUGGACAGUGCGUUGCGAUGAAAGGACAUUAGACUUUCUAGAAUAUUAUUAUUAUCAGCUAUCACAUUAUAGAAGUACCCCCGUGCGAAUCCUUAGAAUGAAAAGCCCACUACCAACUGCUAACUUUGCCGUCACGCAAUCCCACCCUUCUAUGAGCCUGCCAAAAGUGGCGAACGCUCAUCCUCAGUAUCAUGAUCAUUGGGUGCAGU